CAUAUUCACAAAAUGUGGGGUGGGCUGGUGGCUCUCUCGCUUUGGCACAAUCGCACCAUUAAUCUUCACAGUACGAAUUGAAACUCUUCAUCUCUGCGCAGCCUUUUACGAUAUCUUCAUCGAAAAACUGCCCGAUUCCGCAAUUUUUCUCUUGGGAACACAAUGGGUGUUGGAAUAUCAGUGCUGAUAGCCCUAAAGGCAGCAACUUUGUUCACAAUAUUUGUGCAUCUCAGAAAUCUAGGGUUCGUAUUGCUAUCAGUCCCAAUUCUGUAUGCUUCUCUAAUAUCCAUAUUGAUUUCAUUAGCCUCACACCCAUCGAUCAAUCUCCCAAUCCUGCUGGGGAAAAGAUCCGAUGGGACUUUCCCACUAUGGUCCCUUGCAAUGUUCAGCCCAUACUUAUAUUUCGUGAGGGCUUUCUCUGCACUGAGGAGGAAGAAGAGUGGGGAGCCUCCUUACAGUGAGAUAUGUGAGGGUCUGUAUGUUGGAGGGUGGCCUUCUUCCCACGACAAAUUGCCGCCGGGUAAGCCUGCUAUCAUUGAUUGCACAUGUGAGUUGCCAAGGAGGAUGGAGCUCUCAGGAAAUCAUGCCUAUUUUUGUGUGCCAACUUGGGAUACAAGGUCUCCUCAGCCAGCUGAUAUUGAGGAAGCUGUGAAAUGGGCUUGUCGAAAAAGAGCUCAGAAGGUUCCGGUGUUUGUUCAUUGUGCUUAUGGUCACGGGCGAAGUGUUGCAGUAAUGUGUGCGCUAUUAGUAGCUUUGGGUGUCGCAGAAGAUUGGAAGAGCGCAGAAAAGUUGGUCCGAGAGAGGAGGCCUUACAUUAGGAUGAAUGCCCUCCACCGCAAAGCUUUAGAAGAAUGGUCGAAGGAUCGCAUCUCCUUUUCAGCCGAAAAAUGAAAUCGGCAUUACUACUCUGGUUCAGGCUGAACACUCUUAGCUCUCUCUAUGGGCUUUUCAAAAUAUUACACUUUUGGUACUUCUCAUGGGUCUACUUGUAUGAAAUUCAACAUAUUCAAUAUUACACUUUUGGUAGUUCUCAUGGGUCUACUUGGUAUUCUUUCAUCUCCAUAAAAUUGCAAAUGUUUGAACCACUUAUACAAGUUGUCCAUGUUUCUUUUGCUUGAUUUUAUGUCAAGUGUUAAGCAGAGCAAGUUACAUUUGCUUGAGAGAGAUGUGUGAAGUUUGUGAAGAUUAUAUGGUAGUUAUGAUUCUGUAUAUCCUAUUUUCAUACAUUUGUUUAGAGAUGUGUGAAGUUUGUGAAGAUUAUAUGGUAGUUAUGAUUCUGUAUAAU